GCAUCCAUCCGUCAAGGUAAACAAUUAAAACAUGCCCCGUUUCUUCCUCUCCCUUUAAAUGUCCUCAACAAACACACUAUCUCUGCUUCUACCCUUAUACCAACACUCGGCUGGUUAAAAUUUCAAGUUAGCGACAUCUGGUCUUGAUCUUCCAGCAUCCGGUAUCUGGCGCAUUUGCUUGUAUCGCUCACCAAACAUCCUACCGAACAUAUCCAACAUUUCUUGGUUUGUCGCCAUGAGCUCCUUUCUUACGACCGUAAAUCAGCGGACGCGCAACCAGUUCCGACCUCGGGCGAGCGGCAAGGGCGGUGCGACCAGCUACCAGCUGCGACAAUAUGCCGAAGCAACACUUGGCGGAGGAAGUCUGCGCAAAGUGGUGAAGUUGCCUGAGGGUGAAGAUGAGAAUGAGUGGUUGGCUGUGAACAUGGUGGACUUCUACAAUCAAAUCAACCUCCUUUAUGGCGCCAUUACCGAGUUCUGUUCUCCUCAGACUUGCCCCGAGAUGAAGGCGACCGACGAGUUCGAGUACUUGUGGCAGGAUACGGAGAACUACAAGCGACCGACCAAGAUGCCUGCGCCCGCUUACAUUGAACAGCUCAUGAGCUGGGUCCAGGGCAACAUCGACAACGAGGCCGUCCUACCAAGCAGGAUUGGAGUUCCGUUCCCCAAGUCCUUCCCGGCGCUGGUCCGUCAGAUCUUCAAGCGCAUGUACCGCGUUUAUGCUCACAUUUACUGCCACCACUACCCCGUCAUUCGGGAACUGGGCCUGGAGCCGCAUCUCAACACCAGCUUCAAGCAAUAUGUGCUAUUUAUCGAUGAGCACAACCUGGCAACCGGCAAGGAUUUUUGGGGACCGCUAGGCGACUUGGUCGACAGCAUGUUACGCAGCGACUAGACGACAGAAUCUUGUAUGGCUUUGGCAUUGGCGCAUGGUUAUUUGACAGGGCUAAGCACGUAGGCGUUAGGUUGGGUGCGGGUUGGUUCCAUUACAGGCAUUCGUUUUCGUUUGGUUUGGUGGGCUGGCAACGGGCGCUGAUAGAAGGGAUUAAGGGACCACGGAAUUCAGGGAGGGACGCGCAAUGCUUUUGAUGGCGCGUAAAGGGCACCGGGAUCUCUUUGGUUUUUUUUGUUUUUUAUUUCGGUGUAGAGAGGGACAGAGAGGCCUGGAGCUUCUCGUGGAAAUAGACGCUUUUUGACACCACAACGAAAUGCUGCAGCUUCCACUUCACAUGGAACUUCA